AUGUCGCGCGUGCUGGAGUAGGGUCGGCUCUCAUGGCUCCUCGUGGCGCUUUUCACAUCGCUCAUCCACAACCGUCGAUUGAUCUUCUCUGCUCCAUCCACCGCCAAUUCGCAUCCGACGGCUCAAGUUGCUCCCACGACCGCCCACCGCUGCCUCCCCGCGCGCCAGCUUCUUUCCGCCGCGGCGCGCUUCCCCACCUCACGUCCGUCUCCGCUCCUCACCGCGCGCUCAGCCAAGCCCCGGACGGCUUCCUUGCGGGUCUUGCAGCGCAAUGCCCGCUCCUGACUAGGCUGCGGCUCGGACGGUGCGCUGACUCGUCUGAUUGGCGGAGAAGGGAAGAGGUUGGCGAGGGCGAGGGGGCGGAGAAGAAAAGGGGUGGUUUGGACGGCGUGCAUGGAUGGCGCGGGACUGGCGUCGCUCCUUGAGGGGUGCUGGCGGUUGAGAGAGCUCGACCUGGACGACUGCCUGCACCACGCCGUCCAGUGGGUGCCGCCCGCCAUGGGCCACCAUGGAUGCUUGCAGCGACUGCUGCUCCACACCUCCGCUCUGACCUCCCUCUCCCUCGCUCCCGCUCCUGCUUCCCCUGACUCUCCCGCUUCCGCUACCGCUCCGUUGGACUCUAACGCCAGAGUAACACUUGACGCAGCGACCAGCAUGGGCAAUCCAAGCGACCUCGUUUAUCUUCCUCUCUCGCUCCGUCACCUGCACCUGCAGUGCCCUUCGUUACAGUCACUCCCGGAAUCGAUCACCUCCUCUCUCACUCACCUCAGCCUCGUCUCCUGCUCCUCCCUCCCCCUCCUCCCCCCCUCCAUCAGCCUCCUCUCCUCCCUCACCUCCCUCACUCUCGACAACUGCCCCCUCCUCUCCUCCCUCCCUCACUCUCUCGGCUCCCUCUCCUCCGUCCACUCCCUCCGCCUCGUCUCCCUCUCCUCCUGCGCCGAGCUCCCACACACCUUUGGCGACCUACAGUCACUGCGGCUCCUCUCUCUGCACCACUGCGGCCACCUACAGCACCUUCCUCCCUCCCUGCCCUACCUCUCCUCCCUCCGCCGCCUCACCAUUAUGCACUGUGACCGUUUGGUUUCCCUGCCCGCCGAUUUCGGGCAGCUGGAAAGUCUCCAGGAGCUGACGGUCCAGCACUGUCACGGGCUGGAGUCCCUUCCCCCCUGCGCCGCCUCACUCUCCUCCCUCACUCGCCUCCUUGUCACCCACUGCAACCGCCUCUCACACCUCCCUGCCUCUCUCGGCCUCCUCCCCUCUUUCAAACACCUCGAGAUCUCCCACCUCCGCCUCCUCUCCUCUCUUCCCGCCUCACUCUCCAACAUGGAGCUCCUCACCCUCCUCUCUCUUGAUUGCUGCAACUCCCUCACUCUCCUCCCCCCCUCUCUCUUCCACCAGCCGUCCCUGGAGCACCUCUCAAUCACCAACAUGCAGCACCCUGUUCUCUCCUCCCUCCCUCCUGACUUCGGCCUGCAUCUGCCCCGUUUGAAGGAGCUCCAUUUAAAGGAGCACGACAUGGCUGGGCAUCCACGCGCCCUUUCCCUGCCUGCCUCCCUCCCUCUCCUCCCCUCCCCCCAGCAUCCCUCCCUCGUUGCCUUCUCAUCCCUCCCUUCUCUUCCUCACGACAUCUCCGCCCUCACCUCCCUCCUCUCCUUGCACGUCGACGGCUGCUACGCCCUCACGCAUCUCCCACCCUAGCUCUCCGCCCUCUCCUCCCUCACGCGCCUUCACAUAGAGCACUCGCCCCACCUCUCCUCGCUCCCUCCUCUUGGUCCCCUCACCUGCCGACAGGAGCUCCGAAUCAGGAGGUGCAUUAGCCUCAGGGCCCUUCCCCCUUCGCUCUCCCUCUUCUCUGCCCUCCACACGCUCGAGAUCUCCCGCUGCCUCUCCCUCUCCUCCCUUCCGCCUGCCCUCUCCCUGCUCGCCUCUCUGCGCACUCUCUCCCUCUCAGACUGUGGCAUGCUCACGCACCUGCCCCCCUCCCUCCCCUCCCUUCGUACUCUCACACUUGCCUGUGACAGACUCGUCCACAUGCCAUUUGAGUGCAGUGGUGGGGGUGGGGGCGAGAGGAGGCAAGAGGCCGAAACAGGUAGAGA